GAGCGGCGGCAGCGCGUCCGCCAUCUUCUCGCCCGUCAGUGAGGGACGAGCUGAGGAGGAAGACGGCCGAGAGGAAGACGGGCAGCUCCUUCUUCUUUUGCCUCCGUCUUUUUUUCCCCUCCAUUCUCCUCUCCUCGCCUCCCCCGGGAGGGGGGGUCUACGUUGCGGCGCCGGGGGAGGAUGAACGGAGGAUAAAUGGUGCCCAAAGCAGAUAGCGGCACUUUCCUCCUCCUCUUCCUCCUGGUGCUCAGCAUCACCGAGCCUCUGCGGCCAGGUGCACGGCUAGCUCUGGCAAGACUUCUUUCAGAGCUGCGCUGUAUCCCGGGGCAAUUUGCUUGUCGCAGCGGUUCCAUCCAGUGCAUCCCCUUGAACUGGCAGUGUGAUGGAUGGCCCACCUGCGAGGAUGAGAGUGACGAAGUUGACUGCCCAAAUUUUACGGGGGACCAGCGGAGCUACCAUGGGAAGGAGGCCAUGGAUUCCCGGCACAAUCGUGGAAGAGGCGGGGACACCACUCGCUUUCACACGGUCAACAUGGCACAGCCGGUUCGGUUUAGCAGUUUCCUAGGGAAAUGCCCGUCAGGAUGGCAUCACUACGAGGGCACGGCCAGUUGCUACAGGGUGUACUUAAAUGGCGAGAACUACUGGGACGCGGUGCAGACGUGUCACAGAGUGAACGGAUCCCUGGCCACCUUCACCACGGACCAAGAGCUCAAGUUUAUCCUGCAGCAGGAGUGGGACUCCGAGGAGAAGGCCUUUGGGAGGAAGGACCAGCGUCGGUUCUGGGUCGGAUAUCAGUACGUCAUCACCAACCGAAAUAGUUCUCUAGAAGGUCACUGGGAGGUUGCGUAUAAAGGUUCGUCCGAGGUGUUUCUGCCCCCGAACCCGACCCUUCCGACGUCUGUGUCCGAAAAUGAAAACAUCUUCUGCGCCCAGUUCCAGUGUUCCCAUUUCCCAACCCUGCGACACCGCGGUUUUCACAGCUGGUAUGCUGAAAACUGCUAUGAGAAAUCGUCAUUCCUUUGCAAAAGAAGCCAGACUUGUGUGGAUAUCAAAGACAACAUUGUGGACGAAGGCUACUACUUCACGCCCAAAGGCGAUGACCCCUGCUUAAGUUGUACGUGUCACAACGGCGAGCCGGAGAUGUGUGUGGCAGCCUUGUGCGAGCGCCCGCAAACUUGUCAACAGUAUCGUAAAGACCCAAAGGAGUGCUGCAAGUUUACAUGUCUGGAUCCUGAUGGCAACAGCUUAUUUGACUCCAUGGCAAGCGGCAUGCGUCUCAUCGUGAGCUGCAUCUCCUCUUUCCUUAUUUUGUCCUUGUUGCUCUUUAUGGUCCACCGGUUGCGGCAGAGACGCCGGGAGCGCAUCGAGUCCUUGAUUGGAGCCAACCUGCAUCACUUCAACUUGGGUCGUCGGAUGCCUGGCUUCGAUUAUGGCCCCGAUGGUUUUGGAACUGGACUGACGCCGCUGCAUCUUUCGGAUGACGGAGAAGGCGGAGCGUUUCACUUCCACGAUCCACCUCCGCCCUACACAGCUUACAAAUAUCCAGAUAUCCAGCAUCCGGAUGAUCCGCCUCCCCCUUACGAGGCUUCCAUCAAUCCCGACAACAUUCUUUGUUCUCCACAAGAUGGAGUCCAUUCCCAGACCGGGCCAAACAGUCAGUUGGCGCUCGGAAGCGGUGACGCCUCCUCCCCGCUGGCAGAAGAGUCUCCCCCUCCUUCGGUGGGACCUUCCCCAGUUGAGCUGGAAAACUCUGCUGACAGUAGCACCCUCCUUGUCCCUCCUGAUACGCCCUUAAGCGAAAGCACACCGGCAGAGACCCUCGCGGGCAGCCGACACAGUCACUGUUCUCUGAAUACCAUUGUAUAAAGGAAAUUACGCGAGAAACAAGAACCCUUACUGCCGGUCAGAAAUAAUAAAAAAAAUGAUAAUAAUAAUUGAGCAACGGUUUGCACACCCGAGUUGCAGGUGGACACUCGUCAGUGGACUCGAACGUCAGAAAUAAGCUCAGCUACUUCAAUUUUGGAACACUAGUUUUAUGUUCUAGUCUAGAUUUGUGCCUCCUGGCAAUUUGCUCUCAUUUUCCAUCCCGGUUCGGUUGCCCUCUUGGAAAAAAAAAAAAAAGAUUGUAAAAAGCUGCCCUUUUUCUACUGGUUCUGGAAAAAGAGCAGAGAAUUAUUUUUUUUAAAGUCAUUUUUUUUUUCGUUUUUAAAGAGGAAAAAAGCAUGGGUGGGUUUUUUUUUCUUGUCUGUCCUCUCCCGUUGUAAAUUGUGGAAUAGAAAGGCGGACGUUUGGGAUUUUGGAGCGCUUUUGGAUCCGAGAAGAAAGGUACGAAUUGGCCAAUGGUUCGCUGUCCCUAAACCUGUUGCAUCAAGAAAAUGGACUUUGGUUUUGCCGGUUGCCCCUUUGAAUGGAAGCAAGAUCCUUGGCGGGUAGAAACCCAAAGGAGAGGAAAAGAGCUUGGGACGCACUUGCUAAUCUUCAUUUUGUUUCUGACGCUGCCUUGGAAGCAGGAUGCUGAGGGUGUGAAGGGGUUUGUGGAACAUUUGGUACGAAGCUCCGCGUUUGGAGCUACCAAUCUAGCUGUAAAUCAUGCAUCUCUUGUGCUGGAACGGUUCCGGAUCUGUGACCCACAAUCUGGUGCGGGCUCAUACUUUUCGGUACUGGGGUUUGGGAAAGAAUUGCGUUGGGAUCUCUCAUCUCUUGAGAGGCAAAAAUGGUUCAUCUGCAGUUGCCGAUCUUUCCCGAUCCAUUCUGGUUUUCAUUUCAAGCGGUGAGAUGGAUGUUAAAGCCUUAAGCGAUCGUUGUAGGACCCAGCGGGGAGACGAACGGUGCUGGUUUGGGGUGACACAGUUGUGGAUCUCGGGCGUAAUAAAUAGUCACUGUUGUCCCCGCAAGCUGGGAUUCAACUCCCGGGUGGCUUUCUUUUUAUCCUCCCUCUUUUCCGCCUAGCAACUCUUUGUUUUCAUUAGUUGUGGGAAUAUGAAAUGUUUGCGACUAGUAAUGCUCAGUUACGUUCCAGGUUUAAAUGUCAUUCCCCCCCUGAGAAGUUCAACUCUGGGGAUCUUUUUUUCUCUCCCUGGGAAAGUGUGUAAAUACUUGACAGAUUCCAAAUCGAAUUGGGAGGCAUUUCCCCAACGCUUGCCUGUUUUGUCAGCCAGGGAUUGCUUGUGGAGGCUUGACUCCUCUCCUUUGUUCAUAUGAUCCUGUUGCCUUAUGAAAGGCAAGUAGCCUCGAGGGACAGGAAAGGAACAUUGAUGGUGAUGGUAGGGAGUCGUGAGGCCACUUUGGCUCAACACCAAACGCGUCCCAUUCGGUUGAAAUUUGGUUUUCUUCCCUCUCCCUGUAUAUUUCCGUAGACAAUGUUGGCAGACAGUUGGCUCGCAGAACUGGGAUUCACCCUCACACACAGGCUGUGUUUUCGGAGGUAGAGCUGUCGCUCAGGACAGGGCCAGAUCCUCGAAUCUGACCUUGCGGAUUUGACUGCGGAAGGCCUCUUGCCCCGAAAGAAAUGGAUCAGUAACCUAAAUUGGCUUAGAACUUCUCUGGAGGUUCAAAUGGCCCCGUGAUAAUCAGUUGCAAACAAUCACAAAGCUGCCGGAGGCAAUAUCAACAUGCAGCAGACCUAAACACAUUGGAAGAUCACUGCUAGGAAAUUCACUGUCUUGGGAGCUCUGGUAGACAGGGCUCUUUCUUGGUAGAAUCACUCGAUUUCUCUUCUCCUUCAGCCUAGAGCAGUGAUUCCCAAUGUGGGUGCUACCGUCCCCUGGUGGUCACUGCAGUGAUCCAGGGGGGUGAUGAUGGCACCUAUUAGUACACAGGGGUGGGGCCAGAGAGGGGCAUGGCCUCUUUCCAAGUGCCGGAGACAGGGCUGAGCACCUCAGGCGCCUGUUAGGACACACGGGGGGGCGGAGCUAGAGGAGUGGGCGUGGCUUCUUCCCAAGAGCUCGAGACAGGGCUGAGAAUCUAUACCUCUCCUGAGGCGCUUGUUGGCACACAGAGGGUGGAGCUAGGGGAGGGGGCGUGGCUUCUUCCCAAGAGCCUGAGACAGGGCUGAGCCUCUAUACCUCUCCUGAGGCACAUGUUGGGACACAGAGGGCGGAGCUAGGGGAGUGGGCGUGGCUUCUUCCCAAGAGCCCGAGACAGGGCUGAGAAUCUAUACCUCUCCUGAGGCACUUGUUGUGACACAGAGGGCAGAGCUAGGGGAGGGGGCGGGGCCUCUUCCCAAGAGCGUGAGACAGGGCUGAGCCUCUAUACCUCUCCUGAGACUCUUGUUAGAACACAGGGGCAGGGUAUAGAGGUUCAUCCCCGUCAGGCACUUGGGAAGAGGCCCCGCCCCCUCCUCUAGCCCCGCCCCCUGUGUCCUGGCAGGCUCCGCAGGACAGGGAUAGAAGCUCAGCCCUACCUCAGAGCUCGUAACUCCUCCCAUCUCAGUCCUGGCCGCCCACUGGCCUACAGGCUCCCAGGAAAGAGGUCUGUAGAAAUCUUGGAAAAUGGGGUUGGGGAAGGCAACCUUGGCCAUCAAGGCCCCUUGGGAUUGCACCUCUCCUUAGCCCUAACCCAUCAUUUCCAGUGUUGGGGGAUUAUGAGAGCUGUCGUCCAAAAGAACCUGGAGUCUGAAAGGCGCUCGCCCUUGUUGCAGCCAAAUGGCAUGCUGUUGCAAGGUCUUGGCACGUGGGAAUCUCUGUCCUCUGGACGGCAGCAGAAAUUGCCACAUGACUCUGAAGGCAAACCAGACCCUGUCUCUCUUGAAUCAUGAGUAACAAAGGAUGGUAUGCUUUCGCUGCUGAGAUUGCCUCGGAGUUGUGAGUGCCGUCGCAGGCGGAAGUGCCGUUUCGGCGUCGGUCUGAUACUGAAGGAUGGAGAAACACAAAAUAAAAACAUAAAAGCGGGUUAUGUGCGUUUUUAGCACACUCAUGAGUUUUAUACAUUGUAUGUACUGACUUAUUUCUUUAGUUUUAUAGGUGUGUAAGAGAGAGAAUGAGAGAGCAUGGGAAGUAUUGAUUGUUCCAGUGUAUACUAUCGUUGUUUGCGAUCCUAAGGAAGCGCAACCAGAAUGUGAGCGGAGAAAUGCUCCAGGCUGCAGAGGUGGUUCUUGGACUCAGUUGUAUGACCAGUCUUAUGUGGAAGUAUAGGAAGGCAAACAAUAAGCUAGCCCAUAAUACUUUUGAACAGGGAUUGGAAAUGUUACUUUGGGGUGGGUGGGAACUAUCAAUCCUCGGGCAAUUCUACUAGUAGACAUUCUGGCAGGGGAAUCUGAGAGUUAUAAUCCAGAAACGUAACUUUGUGAAAUUCAAUUUUAUACUAUCCUUCCCUAACCUGGCACCUCACGAGUGUGUUAGACUAUGACUGCUGUGUAGGAUGAUGGUAUUUGUAGUCCAACACAUAGGUACCAGCUAUUGAUUAGAAGAGCUUUUGUAUAUGGCACUUAACAGGUAUUGUGCCAUUGUACCUUCCCCAAGAGCUGACUGACAAACUCCCAUUGCUUUGUAACAGUUCAGCAUUGCAAAAUAGACUCAAAUCCCACUUCUAGUCAGUACAUCACGGGAAAAGUUCAUCUAAUUUCUCCCCAUUUUGGCUAGAAAAGCACUCCAGGUUUUGCAGGCUUCAUCUUGUAUCUGCUUCAAAAUUUGUGUGAGAGAGAACAGUUGAUUGAGUAGAGAAGCUUUGGCAAUAUCGUUGCAUAAAUCUCUCGAUCUGGGCUAUUCGGAGCCAUAAAUAUAUCGUAUUUAUUGGUUCAUCUUGGAGCCACCAUUCCAGUAACUGAAAUAAAACCGCUCCUCAAACUUUGGGAGCAACUUGUCGAAAGUGGUACAUCUGAAAUCAUGUCAGUUAGCCUUGAGUUGGUCCAUUAAAUCAAUCGAGUCAGCACUUAGGUAAGCAGCAUUGGUUCAGUGAGUCUGCUGAAUGGGUUUCCAUCUCCUGUGUCAUUCCUAUUGAGAGUACUGUUUCUAGAACAUACUUUGCUGUGUCUUUUGGAGUAUUUUGCCUGCUCAUUUCAAGAUUAUCUCUCUCCGAGGUCUCACCAAGAAUAGUCUUAUGUAGGGACAAACUUUUGCUCUGUAUGGGGACCUGAAAUUUGUCAAUAAACAUAUGAAUGUCGAAGGAUGCACUGAUGUUGUUUUGGACAAAUGGGUUGGAUUUUAGUACAUUUGUGGGUUUAACUUUUGCAAAUUUGAUUCUUCAUGGAAUUGGGUAGUAUGUUUUCUUGAGAAAUCUCUAGAUUUUCCAGCACAAUCUCUAAGUCCUCCAGUGCAAUUCUCUGGCCAGUGGAAGUUGACCACAAACUUCCACUGGCCAGAGAAUUGCACUGGAGGACUUAGAGAUUCUUCGAACACUUCUCUAGGCCUUUGUUAGGUCCUUUGGUGCAACUCUGUGGUCAACUUCGAUUGACCAUAGACUUGUACUUGAGGACCUAGAAAUUUUGAGAACAUUUGUCUAGGCCUUUGUAGGCCUUCUAGUUCAUCUUUGUGGUCUACUCCAACUGGCUGUAAAAGCGCACUGGAGGAUCUAGAGAUUUUUAGCGAGAACACUUUUCUGUAGGCAUUUCUAGAUCCUCCAGUUUUAUGGUCAACUUCCAGUGGAUGUUGACCAUAGACUUGUUCUGGAGGACCUAAAAAGGUCUAGAGAUGUGUUCUCUCUAAAAAAGAAACCAGAAGGCCUAGGUUUAGAGCAGUGGUUCCCAACCUUUGGUCCUCCAAAGCUUUCACAAUUCCUAACGGAUGGGAUUUCUGUCACUCUCAGGGUGAUGUCUUCACUUAGAAGAUCUGGUUCAGAUCUUUGGGGAGAGAGGGCGGGCUAAAAAUAAAGUUUAUUAUUAUAAUUGUGAGUCAGGAAACAUUACGGAAAUACCCAAGAGUGGUCUAGGCUAUCAAAAUGCCCAAUGCCCUUCUGAUAAGAGCUGUUGCUGGUCAACAUAGACCAAGGUCAAGGAGCUUAUGUCCCUACAUGUAUAUUAUGGGGAGAAGGGUCAGUUCCCAUCAUCCUUGACUACAGGGCUUCUGGAAAAUGGGAAUUAAACCACAUCUGGUCACAACUUCUCCAUCCCACCCCAGUCAACCGGUGGUCUUCACCCUUGGGUCAUCUUGGACCUCAACACUGUAGUCUAGGAUCAUCUGAAAGGACCAAGGGAGAUGGGACUGAGUUAGAUGGACCAAUGAUUUGACUUGAUAUCAGGCAGCUUUCUUGCAUCCAGGUUUUGUUGGUGUUUCCAUAGUUUUGUGGACUGAAUGCUGGAUUCUUGUAUGGCUUGGAGGUCUGUGUGUGCGUGUGUGUGUGCUUGUGCAAGACAACCAACAAGACUUCGCUUUUUUAAACCUUUCUUUUCCCCCCGAACGCUUUCAAUCAGGGCUGUGUCUGCGGACGCGGCUCGCCCCCCUCCCGGGGUCCUCGAUUUGUGACUGAACUGAACUGUAGCUGUGCGUUGUAAGAUAAUAAUGAAAAAAAAGAGUAAAGAUUUUGAUAUUCCAUGGAAUAAUAUGUAGAGAUGAAAUUUGAUACUGUAAUUAAUUCAGUCCCUGUGACAUUUUACGUUUUAAUGUUUUGCUUCUUUCUUUUUUUAAGGAAAUGUGAGAGGAGGUGGUGGAGGAGGAAGGUGGGGACGAGGUGACACUAAUCUUUUAUUUUUCUUGAGAUGCUGUGAGAGAUAUGACAUCCAAAUGCCAAAUAAAUUGUGUCCUGUAAAGAGGAA